CAUCGCCUCCCGUGUCUAUAGACUCUUCAGCAAUCCUGCAACACGUUUGUCUUCAAAGUCACAGUUUCGAAGCUAAGCAUUCGAAAGCGACCAGUUACAGAUGGUUUUCUUCUCUGCGAAAUUGUGAGCAUUCAGCGGAACAGAAAUAUUUCCAUAUUUACUUAUUUUUUCUUAUUUUUUUGUUUAUUUUUAUUUUUCAUUUUAAAGUUUGCCCCCGGCAAGCUGACACUGCAGCUUUGGGGCAUAUCACCUGGAUAUAGAAAGAAGGAUUUUUCCUCCUAUUUUUUAAAUUAUUUUUUUUUAACUGCGAGAAGCUGUUCUUUAAUUUUUUCGCAUGAAUCUCCUCGACCCUUACCUGAAGAUGACAGAAGAACAGGAGAAGUGUCACUCUGACGCUCCCAGCCCAAGCAUGUCUGAGGACUCCGCGGGCUCGCCUUGUCCGUCCGGGUCGGGUUCGGACACUGAAAACACUCGUCCGUCCGACAACCACCUCCUCAUGGGUCAAGACUACAAGAAGGAAACCGAAGAGGAAAAGUUUCCCGUGUGUAUCAGAGACGCGGUGUCUCAGGUGUUGAAGGGUUACGACUGGACGCUCGUGCCUAUGCCGGUGCGCGUCAACGGCUCGAGUAAAAGCAAACCCCACGUCAAAAGACCCAUGAACGCGUUCAUGGUGUGGGCUCAAGCUGCACGGAGAAAGCUGGCCGAUCAAUACCCACACCUGCACAACGCAGAACUCAGCAAAACCCUGGGCAAACUUUGGAGAUUGCUCAAUGAGGUAGAGAAGCGCCCGUUUGUGGAGGAGGCUGAGCGUUUGCGAGUGCAACAUAAGAAGGAUCACCCCGAUUACAAAUAUCAGCCAAGGCGGAGAAAGUCUGUCAAGAACGGGCAAAGCGAACCGGAGGACAACGACCAAACUCAUAUCUCUCCAAAUGCCAUUUUCAAGGCGUUGCAGCAGGCCGACUCUCCGGCUUCAAGUAUGGGCGAGGUGCACUCUCCGGGAGAGCACUCAGGUCAGUCACAGGGUCCACCAACACCCCCAACCACCCCGAAGACAGACCUUCCUUCCAGCAAAGCUGAUCUGAAACGUGAGGGGCGGCCCAUGCAGGAGGGCACUAGCCGCCAGCUCAACAUUGAUUUUGGAGCUGUGGACAUCGGUGAGCUGAGCACUGAUGUCAUCUCCAAUAUAGGAAGCUUCGAUGUUGAUGAGUUUGAUCAGUACCUGCCACCACACAGCCAUGCUGGGGUGAAUGGUGCAGCGCAGGCUGGCUACAGCAGCGGCUACCCUAUCAACAGCUCCUCUGUCGGCCAGCCAGCCAGUGUUGGAGCCCACGCCUGGAUGUCCAAGCAGCAGCAGCAACAACAGCAGCUCUCUCUGACCACUCUGGGUGGAGGAGGAGAGCAAAGCCAGCAGGGUCAACAGAGAACCACCCAGAUUAAGACGGAGCAGCUGAGCCCCAGCCACUACAAUGAGCAGCAGGGCUCCCCACAGCAUGUCACCUAUGGGUCCUUCAACCUCCAGCACUACAGCACCAAUUCUUACCCCUCCAUCACCAGAUCACAAUAUGACUAUUCAGACCACCAAAGUGGUGCCAACUCCUACUACAGUCACGCAGCUGGCCAAGGCUCAAGCUUGUACUCCACCUUUAGCUACAUGAGCCCCAGCCAGAGGCCGAUGUACACCCCAAUUGCUGACACCACCGGGGUGCCCUCUGUGCCGCAGACCCACAGUCCGCAGCACUGGGAGCAGCCCAUUUACACACAACUUUCCAGGCCCUGAGGAGGCAGUCUGAGCACUGACUAUAUAACACAUAUAUCCCAGACUUCUUUCUGCUCGGUGGCCUUUGCACCGUUACGUCACACACCUUUCAUUGCCAACAGAAAAACAUGACAAGAACUUUUUUUUUUAAGGUUCUGAAAAAAUACAUCUUUGGAUUGGCUCACAACAG